AUGAAUAACCCUAUUAAUGAAAUAUAAUCGGAAUUUGGCUUAAGACAUAUUAAAAAUAACAUAAGUCUAAACUUGACACAUGCUGAAAAUUCAAACAUUAUUAGAGAUUCAUAGCAAAGGGCUUUUCGGGAUGCCAAAAAUAACCUACAAUCACCAGGGUAAAAUUAUCCUUCAUAGUCGCUGUAUACUGAAGAUAAUGUAAUACCAUCUUAAGAAUUGAAGAGUAGGGAUUUCGUAUUUGAUUACAAUCCACUAGACUACCAAUACUAAGAUGAACCUGAGGAGAGCUACUAAAUGACUGCAGAGAUGAGGCAAUUCGAUGAAAACACAAUAGAUUCGUAAAUGCGGAAAAUACUAAGCGAGAGGAAUGAGGACUCCGAUGAUAUCAGAAGAAGAAUACAAAUUAUGGAGGAUCAAUAGCUUAUAAUUUACGAAGAAAAGAAAUAUGCAAAAUAUUAAUAGGCUCAUCCUCUACCGGAUAUCGAAAACUUGCCUCUCAAUACAGAUGAGGAAAAUCAUUAGAUCCUACAUGAUACAAACAGGGAAAGUAAGAAUAACCAAGCCACUACUCAUCAUAAUUAAAAGAUGCCAAAUCCUGCAUACUUGAAUAAACUGAUCUAAAUAGUUGAGAAGACUAGACUUGAAAGGGCUAUUGGUUAUAAUGAUAAGUACCCAUGUCUAACUAUCAGGAGAAAAAUUUUGAUUUUAAAGGUAACUAUGUAAGAAACUUGUGGGUAUAUAGUAAGGAAUCCAUUCUUCGAAUACUUCACCAUUUUAGUUAUUAUUGCUAAUUCUAUUGUUUUGGCCCUUGAUGAUCCUCUGCAAAUUAACACUCCCUAGUAUUAGUAGCAAAUAGAUUACUUGUUCCUUGCUUUUUACACAAUAGAGAUGCUGAUGAAAGUUAUUGGUAAUGGUUUUAUCUUGACUAAAGGAUCCUAUCUAAGAGAUGCCUGGAAUUUCAUGGAUUUCAUGAUUAUAAUAUUUGGAUUUCUCUCCAUAUUUGCUAGUUAAUAAAUUAACAUAUCCAGUUUAAGAGUUUUCAGAGUUUUGAGACCUUUGAGAACUAUAACUAAAAUUGAGGGACUUAAACUAUUGGUUAAUGCUCUAAUUUCAGCAUUGCCACUGCUUAGAGACACAAUCAUUGUGCUAUUGUUCUUUUUUAUAAUCUUUGCUAUUGCUGGAGUUCAGUUGUUUUCAGGAUAUUUGAAGCAAAGAUGUGUCAAUGUUGAAACUGGGAUACCAAAUUAUGAUUUAUUUUGCGGGUAUGAUCAAUGUCCAUCAGUAAAUUUAUUAUCUGACGGAGAAAUAGAUCCUUAUACUUCUAAAUAUUUUUGUGGAUAGGCCAAUCAAAACCCUAACUAUGGCUCAACUAAUUUCGAUAAUUUGCUCUAUGCACUUUUGAUUAUUUUGUAAGCAGUUACUCUUGAAGGAUGGACACCAAUAAUGGUGACCCUUGGUCGAACUAUAUCUCCUUUAGUAGUAUUUUACUUUAUCCCGAUUGUUUUUAUCGGAGCUUUUUUCCUGCUUAAUCUGACUCUUGCCGUUAUUAAUUCCAAAUUUAAUGAUGCUCAUAAAGAGUAAUAGAAAAAACAAAAAUAGAAUAAGAAAGGUGUAAAAUAGAUAGAGGAUAAAAAGGAUAUUACUGAAUCUCAACAUAUAGAAACAAACUCAAUUAAAAGAUAUCUAGUAGCAAAAAGAGCUGCGCGUAAGAUGGUCCUCUUUAUGCAAAAAAAGAAAAAUAAUUCCCCUGAAGUUAAAGGUUAUCCAGUGGAUAAUGGAGGAGAAAAUAACGCCUCAGGAUAACAGGAGAGUGAUAGUUUUCGAUCUAACUAAAACUUAUUAUUUGGAUCAAACGGGACAGUUGAUUAUUCUUCUCGCAAAAAUUUAAGUCAUUCAAAGACCUUUGAGAUUGAUUUGAACAAAUAUCCAAGUAACAGUAGUGGGGCCCGUAGAAGUAUAUCUCUUUUAGGAGAUCGUAAAUUUACACUAAGAAAAGGAGUUAUUAAGAGUACGAUUUUAGAGGAAUAAGAGGAGGAAGAUGUUUAACUAAGACAGCUAACUAAUAGGCAAAAUACUUAUGCAAUAUUAAGUUAAGGAGAAGGUGAUAAGGCUUCUCAAGGUCAGAAAAAAUAAAAGUUCAAACUUGAUUUAACUAAGAUCGAGAGCAUGCUUGACUUUGAAAAUAUUAACAAUGAAAUAAUGAUUAAUCGAGAUACCAGCAGAGUCCAAAAGCUUAUCGAAAUAUCUAGUCGACCAAAUGAUCAGUUUAAGCCUAACCUAUUCACAACUAUUAAAAAUGCAAACAUCUUAAAUCAAAUCAAAGGACAUAUAAAUGAUCUCAGCAAGAAGUGUCAAUUGGGGAAUACGGAUAGAGCUAAUGAUGAUCCAACAUAGAUUUAGGAUUUUAAGGUAUCCUCUCUAACAGCAAGAAUAUAAGAGUUUGAACUAGACAAAAUAAUAGAAGAACAAGAGCAAAUGAACUAAAUUUAAGAUUAACCUAAGGAUUAUCAUUUUGAUAAUAAAGAUCAAUCUAGAGAGUUCGAUUCUUAUGGUGAUUUUGAUUCACUUUUGAAACCAAGUUCCAACUCUUUUAAGUAAAAAUCAAUUUAGAGUAGAAUUGGAAUCAAGCAAUCAUUGCGCCGCAAAAGUAAAUUUAAAAGCCUCAUCUCUUCUAAGCAAUCAAGGAUCUAUUAAAAUGAUAAUGAUUUUACCAUCAAUAGUAUUAAUUUAGAGGAGUUAUCAAAAUCAAGUCAUCCAAUCACCAUUUAAUCAAUAUUCCAAACAAAAGAAGUAGUAGAGGAGAGAGAGAAAAAAAAUUCUAGAGCUAGACUCGAACCAAGAAUUAUCAAAGAUGAACAGCUAUCGUCACCAAAUGCAUCAGUUAAAUUUGAUGCAGGAUAAACAAUAUCUAAUCAGCUUUUCGAGAAAAGUGAAUCUUUAAAUCUUUAAGUGAUUGAAAAUUAGAUUAGGGAACUUAAUCCCCCUUCAGAUGCUAACAUUCAAAAUGGAGAUGAUCCUCUACCUAUUCCACAAUCUAGUAGAAGAUAAAAAAAGUAGAAAAUUCAUUAGAAUUAUGACUCUUAAUAUGUCAAAGAUUAACUUACUCAAAGGUCUAAAUAAGAAUAAUCAAUAAGAUAAACGAUCGACGAAAGAUAAGUUUAAUCAUAAAAAUCAAUAAAAGCAGAAAAGCCAACAUUUAAGUCUCGACUGAUGAAUGCUGUUAAUAGGAAUUACCAUGAGACUUAGCAUCCUAAUUAUUUGGCUACAUAAAAAAUAGACUAGUACAUCUAAAAGUUUGAGCUGAAAAGAAGGUAGAAGAUGGUAGGCUUCGAUCAAAAUAAUCAAAAGAUAGUGCUGAAUCCCCAAUCUCAUUUUAAAUCGACUUCUGAGUUCGAUGUAUUUGAGAGAAAAUACAUCAAUAAUGAAAUCAAGGUUGAAGAAGAUUUGGAUUAUCCAAAGGCUAAAUAAUAGAGAGCAAACUCUUAGCCCUACAAACUAAAAGUACUGUAUGAGUAAAAUAAGGAAAGUGAUGAUGAAGAUAGCAGUAGAAAUUAUAAGAAAAACAACAAGUAAAGAUAUGAUGAUUUAGAGCCAUUCGAAUUAGUAGGCUCUGUCCAUCAUUAAAAAUAUCUUAUUGAAAACCCUAUCAAACAAAUAUCUAAGAGGUCCAAUUUUGUGUAUACUGGGAGUCUCUCAAUUAUGAUGUCCAAGAAAAUGGAAGAAAAGCCACUUUAUCAAUCGUAGCAGCUUCCUUCCUCCUAUGCAAUAUAGACAUAAUCAAUUACAGCAAGAGGACAUAACGAUUCUAACAAUUCUAAAAUUUAAACUAUAACAAGAAAACGCACAAAUAACAAUGGUAAUAUAAUGGUUUAAUCUCUAAAUGAAUCUGUCUAAGCUAGAAAUUUCAUCGGUGAAACUCAGUAGUCCAUACCUUCAAUUUUAAAGAAAUAGAAAACUAGGUUGUCUGAUGGAAAGAAAAAUCAAGCUCCAAUGACUCCACAGAAUUUCAAAUCUAUAGCAGGAUCAACAAAUGGAGCUAAGCAAAAUGCAGAAAAAAUUCCAUUGUUCCCAGUAGAUAAAAUAAAAAGUGAAAUCGGUACUCUUAGCAGAUUAAUAGAUGAUGUAUAGACAAUUAAUCAUUUCAAAGGAUAUUAACACUAACUUCAUCAUGAAAUCUCAGAAGAGUCUGACAAAGAGGACUUUAUGAAACCUUAACAUAUUAGAAAGAAAGGUCAAUGGAGUGGAUAAGAUGUAAUGUCUUAAAUGAAUCUAGAUAGAGCAGAUUUAAUUAUAGAAUAACUAAAUGAUGUCGUUAUUUUUCCAAAAGGAAUUCAUGGAUGCAUUAGAAAAAUCAGAAAUAAACUCAAGAAAUUAGUGAUGAGUACCUUUUUUGAAAAUUUUAUGACAAUAUGUGUGACCAUUAAUACAAUCACUCUAGGCAUAGAUAGAUAUAACAUCCCAGAUGAUCAACAAAAAACACUAGUAUAUUUUAACAAUGUCUUUACAGGUGUUUUCGUUGCAGAAUUACUACUAAAAAUUGUAGGACUUGGCAUUAAAAAUUGUGCUGUUGUCAUCAUGAGUAUAAUUGAAUUGGGAAUUUUUUCAUAUCAGCAAUCAACUUUUACUGCUUUCAGAACUGUUAGAAUAUUCAGAGUCUUAAGAGUGGCAAGGCUUUUGAGAUAAUUGCAAUCAAUGCAAAUCAUCAUCGGAGUUAUAUCCAGAUCUAUUUCUUCAUUUGCCUAUAUUGCUCUUUUGCUAUUCCUCUUUAUCUUUAUAUAUGCCCUACUUGGAAUGUAGUUAUUUGGUGGUUAUUAUCAAUUUGAAGAUGGAGUUCCUAGAAGUAAUUUUGAUUCCUUCAAUUCAGCAAUCAUUCUCACUUUCUAAUUAUUGACAAUGGAAAAUUGGAACACUUACAUUUAUGAUGCUUUGAGAUCAUAAGUUAAUGAAUUUAUAGUGAUAAUAUUCUUUGUAUCUUGGAUUUUCAUUGGAAACUUCAUUUUGCUCAAUUUGUUCUUGGCUAUUUUACUGGACAGUUUCCUUGAGGAGUAAGAAGAAGAAGAGGAAAAUUUAACUCUUGACAAUUAGAAUAAAGAAGAUCUAGAAAAAGAAAGGAAAUUAAAAUUGAUGAGGGCAAAAGAAGCAUCUAAAAAGCUGCUUAAAGUUAAUAAUAGACAUAAAACUAAUGGUAAAUAGACCUUAGUUCAAAUGCUCUAGUCUGGUAUUCGAUCCAAGACUGAUCCAGAUGGUGAUCAUGAAAAUAAUGAAAAAUUCGAAGAAAUGGAUGAAAAUCAGAUAUAGCAAUUUUUGAAGAGGUAUAGACUUGUAAAGGACUAAGAUGAAGUAGACUUGAUUCUUUAAAACAUAGGUUGCCAAAGAAGUCUUUAUAUUUUCAACAGAGAUAAUAGGAUAAGCUUUUAAGAUCCUUUGAAGGUAUAGAAAAUAUCAUAAAACCUAGAUACUUGCUUUACAGUUGUAUUUGCUAUUGAAGCUGUUAUUAAGGCUGUGGCAUUUGGAUUUGCUCAAGAUUAAUAUUCAUACUUAAGAGAGUCAUGGAACGUGCUAGAUUUUUUUAUUGUAGUAUCAAGUUUGAUAGAUCUAAUUGUUAUCGAUGUCAAUCUACCUGCUAUUAAGAUUCUAAGACUACUUAGAACAAUGAGGCCUUUGAGAUUGAUAUCUAAAAAUUCAGGAAUAAAGACUCUUGUGGUUUGUUUAUUAGAGUCUAUUGGUCACAUCAUUAAUGUAGUUAUUGUGCUUUUGAUUGUUUGGCUUAUGUUCGCUAUUCUAGGGGUGUCCCUGUAUAGUGGAAAAUUCUUUUAUUGUACCAGAAAUCCCUAUACUAAUCACGAUGAGAGUUAAUGCGAAAAAGAUAAAGGAAUUUGGUCUAUUUACAAUAGCAAUUUCGAUGAUGUCCCUAAUGCUCUUGAAACAUUAUUCAUUAUUAGUACAUUUGAAAAUUGGAUUACUAUUAUGUAUCAGGCUAUUGACUCUGGAUCUUAAGUUACUGGUCCUGAGAAAGAUUCAAGCCCUUUUUCGGCAUAUUAUUUCAUUUGCUUUAUAUUGAUAGGGACUUAUUUCUUCUUAAAUUUCUUCAUCGGCGUCCUUUUCUUAAACUUUAAAUACGCUUAGAAAAAUGAAUAAGGAGAUUUCAAAGAGGAAGAACUUCACUGGAUUGAUAUGCAGAAAAUGAUUAUCAAAACUAAACCAGAUUAUGAAACUAUUGAUGUUCCAAAGUAGAAAUUUAGGUUGUGGGUUCAUAGUAUGGUUACCAAAAAUAGUUUCGAUUAUUUUAUAAUGGCAUGCAUUAUAUUGAACAUGAUAUAAAUGGCUGUUUACUAUGAAGGAGCAUCGAAAGAUUUCAUUUUUAUAUUGGACAUAAUUAACUACAUCUUUACCAUUAUUUUCUUAUUUGAGGCUGUGUCGAAAAUUAUUGCUUUUGGCUAGAGAUAUUUCUAACAAAAUUGGAACAAAUUUGAUUUUUUUGUAGUUACUGCAUCUAUUUUAGACAUUAUACUUAAUCUUCUAAACAAUAUAAACUCAAGGUUUUUAAGAAUUGGACCACAACUAGCAAGAGUGUUACGUGUGCUGAGAAUCUCAAGACUCUUUAGACUUAUUGGAAAAUCAAAAGGUCUAUAGGCUUUGAUUUAGACUAUUGCCUUCUCAUUGCCUCCACUUUUUAAUGUGUUUUCUUUAUUGAUGAUAAUGUUCUUUAUCUAUGCUGUACUUGGGGUAUUCUUAUUCGGUGAUGCUGAGAAUGGUAAUGUCAUUAACAGUGAAUUCAUGAAUUUUAAGAAUUUCGGUAAUGCAAUGGUACUUUUACUUAGGAUUUUAACUGGUGAAGAUUGGAACAGUGCAAUGUUUGAUGUUUCUAGGAAUGUUGAUCAUUAUAUCGCAGGAAUUUACUUCAUUUCCUUCCGUUUGAUAGGUUCUGAUGUCAUGCUCAAUUUGUUCAUUCUAAUAAUUUUGCAAUAGUUUGAUCAAUACUAUCUUCCAUAGGACAAUGUGAUUUAAAAAUUCAAGGACAAUCUAGAAUAUUUUAAAUAGACUUGGAAACAGUAUAGCAUUAAAUAUGGUGGUCUUAAAAUUAGAGAAGGUCUGCUGAUUAAGUAUUUUCAAUCUAUGAACGAACCAUUGGGUAUGCCUGAUAAGGAUGAGAAAGAAAUUAACAAGGAAAUAAUCAAAAUGGGUAUAAGGAGUGAAGACGGCUGGGUAUUUUUUAAUGAAUUGCUUUACAGAAGUAUGAAAAGAGUUUAUGGGGAUAAAGAUUUUUAGAGCGAUAUAAUGAGAAUAACUGAAUUCUAAACUCUUUUCAAAAUUCAUUAAAUGAAUUAAACACUCAUAGGCAAGAAAAGUUUCUUUAAGAAGAAGGUGAAUCAGUACAAAGAUAUGGCCUUGAACAAGUAAAGCUGUAACCCAUUCCAAUAACUCUACUAUUAUCAGCUAAGUUUCAAAGUAUGGAAAGAAUUCGCUUGCGAAAAGCAAAGAAACAUGUCGAUGAAAACAACCAAGCAAUAAAAGGAUGAUAAUGAUUAUUAUGAGCAUAUCAAUGAUUAUAUUUCAAGAUUUAGAGAAGAUGAUCCAUCAUACAUCCAAAAAGAAAUUAAUUAUACCUACGAGUCUGAAUACAUAAGUUGUGAUGAAACUGAAACAGAAGAAAUUUAAUAUUAAUCAUUGAGAAGGUCAAUGUCUAAGAAUCCCAUGAUUGUAAUUGAUAAGUCUGGAAAUCAGGUUCACCCUCGGCAAUCAUUGGAGGAGGUAUCUGAGGAAAAGUCAGCUGAUCUAUAGAUGACUAUUCAAUCUCAAAUUCAGUUAAAAGGAGUUCUUAAUCGCCGUGAAAGUCAUAACCUACUUUUGAAAACCGGAAGUUAAGCAUUAAUAAUUGAUAAGAAGAGUGCAUAAAAGAACAAAAACUUUUCAUUGGCUUCAAGGCAGUCCAAGUCUAAAUCAUUCAUAGAAAUGAAUGAAAGCUCGUCAAACAAUGAAGCAAACUCCAAGUAAUACAAGGUCAAAUCAGAUUUACUGAAAAUUUAAUCAGAGAUAAACAUUGAUUUAAGUUAAAACAAUAAGGAGGGAAAUACUCCAAGCAAUGGUGAUUUUGAUAAGCUUUUGGGAUACGAUGAUAAUAUUUCUCCGAGAUUUAGAUUCAGAAAGUAUAAAAAUAACAGCGAUGCUCAUAUUUAAGUAAAGCAGGAAGAGAAGCAUUAGUAAUUCAGCCAAUGA